CUCGGGAGCGCGGGCCCGGCACAGCCGCCCGCGUGGCGCCUAUCUCGUCCGGGCGCAAGGCGGGCCCGCUGGAGCCUGCGCGCCCCCGCGGCCGACGGCGCCUCGCGCGGCCCUACGCGCGCGGUCCGCCCCGCCGCCACCCGGGGCCUCCUCCCGCCUCUUUGGACCCCGCCGAUCGGCUUGAGCUCUCCGCGCCCCUCGGCUUCGGGAGCACUGCGCCCCCGGUGACUUCUGACACCGCGUAUCCGCCAUUACCUAGAUCCAAGAUGAAUAGCGAUCAAGUUACACUGGUUGGUCAAGUGUUUGAGUCAUAUGUUUUGGAAUACCAUAAGAACGAUAUUCUUCUCAUCUUGAAGGAAAGAGAUGAAGAUGCUCAUUACCCAGUUGUGGUUAAUGCCAUGACCCUUUUUGAGACCAACAUGGAAAUCGGGGAAUAUUUCAACAUGUUCCCUAAUGAAGUGCUAACUAUUUUUGAUAGUGCACUGCGAAGAUCAGCCUUGACAAUUCUCCAGUCCCUUUCUCAGCCUGAAGGUGUCUCCAUGAAGCAGAAUCUUCACGCCAGGAUAUCAGGAUUGCCUGUUUGUCCUGAGCUGGUGAGGGAGCACAUCCCUAGAACCAAGGAUGUGGGACACUUUUUAUCUGUCACUGGGACAGUGAUUCGAACGAGUUUGGUGAAGAUCCUGGAGUUUGAGCGGGAUUACAUGUGUAACAAAUGCAAGCAUGUAUUUGUAGUCAGGGCCGACUUUGAGCAGUAUUAUACCUUCUGUCGGCCAUCCUCAUGUCCCAGCUUGGAGAGCUGUGAUUCUGCAAAAUUCACUUGCCUCUCAGACUUGUCUUCAUCUCCAACUAGGUGUAGAGAUUAUCAGGAAAUCAAAAUUCAGGAACAGGUUCAAAGGCUAUCUGUUGGAAGUAUCCCACGAACAAUGAAGGUUAUCCUGGAAGAUGACUUAGUAGACAGUUGCAAAUCUGGUGAUGACCUCACUAUUUAUGGGGUUGUAAUGCAACGGUGGAAGCCCUUUCAGCAAGAUGUGCGCUGUGAAGUGGAGAUAGUCCUGAAAGCCAAUUAUGUCCAAGUAAAUAAUGAGCAGUCUGCAGGGAUCAACAUGGAUGAGGAAGUCCGAAAAGAAUUUGAAGAUUUUUGGGAAUACUAUAAGAGCGAUCCUUUUGCAGGAAGGAAUGAAAUAUUGGCUAGCUUGUGCCCUCAAGUUUUUGGAAUGUACCUAGUAAAGCUUGCUGUGGCCAUGGUGCUGGCUGGUGGGAUUCAAAGGACCGAUGCUACAGGAACACGGGUCAGAGGUGAAUCUCAUCUUUUAUUGGUUGGGGAUCCUGGCACAGGGAAAUCUCAAUUCCUCAAAUAUGCAGCAAAAAUUACACCAAGGUCUGUGCUCACCACAGGAAUUGGAUCUACUAGUGCAGGUCUGACGGUAACUGCUGUAAAAGACUCAGGAGAAUGGAAUUUGGAGGCUGGGGCAUUAGUCCUUGCAGAUGCAGGCCUUUGCUGUAUUGAUGAGUUUAACAGCCUCAAAGAGCAUGACAGAACCAGUAUCCACGAAGCAAUGGAGCAACAAACCAUAAGUGUUGCUAAGGCUGGCCUCGUGUGCAAGCUGAACACAAGGACCACCAUCCUCGCAGCAACCAACCCCAAAGGCCAGUAUGACCCCCAUGAGUCUGUGUCAGUGAACAUUGCCCUUGGCAGCCCACUCUUAAGUCGAUUCGACCUGAUCCUGGUUUUGCUUGAUACCAAGAAUGAAGACUGGGAUCGUAUAAUUUCUGCCUUUAUCUUAGAAAACAAAGGUUAUCCAAGCAAGUCAGAGAAGCUCUGGAGCAUGGAAAAGAUGAAAACCUAUUUCUGCCUCAUUAGGAAUCUGCAGCCCACACUGUCUGAUGAGGGUAAUCAAGUUCUCCUCCGGUACUACCAGAUGCAGAGGCAGAGCGAUUCCCGGAACGCUGCCCGGACAACCAUCCGCCUGCUGGAAAGCUUGAUACGAUUGGCAGAAGCUCAUGCUCGCCUGAUGUUCCGUGACACAGCGACUCUGGAAGAUGCUAUUACAGUGGUGUCGGUAAUGGAGUCCUCCAUGCAGGGAGGUGCACUGCUAGGAGGUGUGAAUGCACUCCACACAUCCUUUCCUGAUAACCCUCUGGAGCAGUACCAGAAGCAGUGUGAACUUAUUCUGGAAAAGCUGGAGCUGCACAGCCUCUUACGUGAAGAGCUAAGAAGACUUGAAAGGUUACAGAAUCAGAGUGUGUGUCAACACCAGCCACAGGCAAUGGAAGCAGAGACGACUUCAGGGUCCCUGAGAGAUGAUCCAGGGGAAGAAUCAAAGCUCAGACCAUCAGCUCAGCAGGAAGUGAACUGUAGCACACAUCUGUCCUCUACUGGAGGCAGGCCCGGGGGAAGCCCACCUCUCAAUCCCCCGUCCCAUCUGGGGCCCGAUAGACUGACAAGUAGAAGGCAUUCAGCUGAGCACAAAAAUAGCCAAGAUGACAGUUUGGACUGGUUUGACUCCAUAGCAACUCAUCCGAUGGAACCUAAAAACACUGUUCCUGUGUCUUCUAGUCCCCAAACAAGUGGGGGGGAAAUGGCUUUGAAAAUCUCCAACAACAAAUCUCAGGGUAAGGAAAAAAGGGAGCCAGGCCAAAGGAGCAAAUUGGAAACUGGACCGCUUCCAACACCAGAAGAGACAGAAGCUCCAUUGAGGCCAGACAGCCUUGAGGGUGAAAAGGCAAAAAAGGCAGCAAAGGUUUCUGAAGCAGCAGUAUCUGCUGAUGAGCCAGACUCAGUACUGACUCAUCACGUUCCCAGGAAACUGCACAAGCUGCUCAAGGAGAGGGCCCAGGAUUUGUGCAGGAAUCCCGCCAGGCCGCCCUCGCAGCCCACAGGCUCUCCUCAUCCUCGGCCCACUCCUGUACAGAGCCCAGAGAGAGUGCUUGGAACUCCCAAAAGAAAGAGACAGAAAUCCCUUGCUCGGGUGCAAGAGCCCCACCUUGAAAGUGUUGAGAGUCCGGGUCCCCCUGUGGCCAAACUGGCAAAAUUUACUUUCAAACAGAAGUCAAAACUGAUCCACUCUCCUGAAGAUUGCAGCCAUGUGUCUCCUGGCACAAGUAAAACCGCAGUUCAGAGUCCUGAAAUUCCCCAACGUAGAGCAAGAGGAAAAGCAGCUCUGCCUGGGAAGGGUCCAGAAAAGCUGGCCUCUACCUCAGAAAUCAGAAGCCCAGCUCAGCUGCAAGAUAAGACAAAGGAGGUGUCACGGCAGCCACCGGACAAAGACGGACCAAGAGAGAAGAGGGAAUGUGCCCCUGCAAAGGGAGCUGUCCAGCCUGAAUUAGAGCUUGGGAGCAACACUGGGCGUUUCCAUCUUGCUUCUGAAAGAGACAGAAAGGAAGAGGUUUCGUGCCAUAGUAAAAGUGGCAAGGUUCAUGCUUGCACAUUAGCAAGAUUGGCAAACUUCUCCUUUACUUCCCCCUCUGAAUCCAAAUCAGAAUCCCCUCCUCCUCCUGAAAGUAAGAACCCGGGUGAGGGAGGCCCCAGCCCUCUUCUUGUGACCGCAGCUACAGUGCUUGGCAGGAAAAGGAAAACUUUUCAGCUGGGGGGAUCCACCGAGAGACUAAGUCUUUCCAGAACAUCUCUCUUCACUUUACCGGAACUAGACGAUGAACCAUUAGAUUUUGAUUGGGAUGAAGAAAUGAGAAAAAAGCCAUAAUCAUGAAAAGCUUUCUGGUCAAGUCAAGUUUCACCCUCAUCCACUCAAGCCAGCACCUUCAGGAUAUCAACAUGGUAUCUAUGGAUAUAUAGAAGUAUUGACCAUAUUGGGCGCCAUUCUGAACACCAGCCCCCCCAUCAGGUUUUAUAAAUUCAGGUUUAUCUUCAUGAUUUGAAAAACUGUAUAAUCAAUGAAGGUCAGUGUGAUACCAGUGCUUGAAUCUAAUUAAUUAACAAUUGUGCUUGAUUUUGCAAACAGAGUACUUAUAUUCCCAAAGAUGUUUCUGUUUGUUUUGUUUGGGUUUGGUUUGUUCUUUUUUAGGGGGUAGGUUUUUCCUGCGAUCCCUUCAUUCACUCAGGAGCAAAUGCCAGGAAACACUCACAAUGCUGACAAGUCAGAUGAACUCUUUCUCUUUGUUUUUUUCCUUUGUUGUUUUUUUUUUCCACCCAAGAUGUGCUGAGUGUGGUAAAUAUUUAUUAUGAUUUGCCAAAAUCAUGUGAUAUUUUUUCUCAUUUUUUGUAUUUAUUCUCAUGUGUCAGAUGAAAUAUGACUGAAGCUUUUGUUUCUUUGAGAGGUCUUCUCACAGUUCCAUGAUAGUCAUAGAGAUCUGGCCACUGGUCAGAUAGUAGCUUUCUUGGGGUAUUGACCUUCUGAGUUUUCCUUUCUUUCUUGAGCCAACAGUUUGUGCUUCAGAUUCUUUUUUAUGUCUUGGGGACUUACCUUCAAUACAAUUUAAAUCCUACAGUUGGAAGAAGAGAGUGUGCAGUAGUCUCAGUCAUAUAUCAUGGCAUCCGUCCAAGUGGUUAACAUGGAAACAUGAUUCCUACUAAGUUAUGAUUCAUUUGUCUUUAAAACCAAGCAAUAACUGUGUUUGGUAGGAAAAGACCACUCAAGCUUUGUUUUUCUUAAAUGCUUUUAGAGUAACUGCUUCUUUUAGAUUCUAGCAAGGGUUGUUAGGAUUUCAUAAUUAUAGACGUUCUCUUCUGAAGUUUGAAUUUGGAAAAUGAUAAUAGAUUCUUUCAUUGUCUGAGGGACUUUAGACAUGAGGAAUACUGAAAACUAUAUGUACUUUGUCUAAUGAUCACUUCAUUAAAUUCAUACAGAAAAAAAUUAGGAAUCUCAAUUUUUCUUGAGCGUUUAAACAUUAAUUCCAAAAUUGACUAAUUAAAUUUUCUGAAAAAUUUUAAACUAUGAGUACAAAUUUAGUAUGGAUGAGUCUUGAAAUCCUCAGACACCUUAAGCAGCUGAUGAACAACAUACAUGUAAUGUUAUUAUUGCACAUUCACAUAAACCUAUCCUAAAACAUCAAGGCUAUGGUUUAGGUAAUUUCUUCAUUAUUUCUGUACUUUACUAACUUCCCAGUGUAGUAUGAUUCUUAGUGUGAUAUAUUCCUAAUCUUUAAAUAUUAGUACUUCCCUGAGUUUUAGCAUUCUUACGAGAACUAAAUGAAAAGCAAAGCAUCUGGGUUGUUGACUGGUGAUUCUUGGCCUGGACAUGGUCUGAUUGUGAAGACUAGGGUAAUUCAAACUUGAGCCACAAUGUUGAGCUGACUUUUUUUAUUGUAAACUUUUAAGUUCCUUUCUUAUAAAUUUUUGUCUUUGAAACUUGGUAUCUUUUGCACUAACGAUGUAUUAAGCUGGGCAUGGCUGAUAAUUCCUAACCUAUUGAUUUGCCAUUAGGGUAUUUUGAUCUGUUCUGUUUUUAUCAUUUAAUAUGGUUGUAGUCUAGAGCUUUCAUUUUUCAUUUCAAUCUUGAUUGUAGAGCAGUUAGUUUCAUGUAGUUAACUUGUCUCUUCAGGACACUGAGUAAUUCAUAUUUUAAAAUACAGUGUUGAAUUGUCCAUCUUCCUUAGUUACUGUAUAUGACCGUCUAUGCCAUCUUCUACCUGGUGUUAUCUCACCAUAUGUCCUAUUAUUUGUGUUAAUAAAUCUACCCUACUUUUUUUAGUACCUUCUUCUGCCAGGAUCAUUUGGUCAAGUUACAAGUUCCAUGUGUUUAUUCUUCAGUGCUUACCCAGAGAGCAAUAACUAUAUAUGUAAAUAUUAUAAACAGACAUAAUUAUUAGAAGAAAUAAACUACUCAAUAUGAAUGCUCCCCUACUUAUUAAAAAAAAAAAACUACUGUCACAGCUUACUUUCGUGUUAUGACCACCUCUGUACUUGUUUUUGAUGUGCAAAUUCUUACAACUCAGUCAAUGGGAAGUCCCUUUAUGUUCACACCAAUGUCCUUUUAAGACUCUGACUUUCACAAAAGCACCCAUGCUAUCUGAAAACAACAGCAUGUUCCAGACUCAUUUUAUUUUUUUUCCCAACUCAAGUCAUAGAAUCCACUACCCCUAAGGCACUUUAUUCCUUUAGUGACAAACGGAAUUAAAGGCCGAACUCAGAGCUUUGGGGAUGCACGGGGAAGUCAGUACUACCACUACUGUGGGGUCCCUUAGUUUCAGAGCUGAACAUGUUUAAUGUCCUGAGGUCACAUUUUAUCCUGCUGUGUCCUACUUUAUUUUAUACUGUGUGAUUUCACAACCACUAAGACUUUCUCUUAUAUGGUGUUUAAUGUGUGUACCAAGGAAAAACACAGAUGUCUCAGGGGAAAUAUGUACAGUCUCAAAAAUCAUAUUUGUAGUCAAUAAAGGAAAGUAUAAAAAUCACCUUUAAUUCUGAAUCAACAUGU